ACGGGGGUGUGGAGGAUGGGGCACGGGAGGGGCAGGAUCGGGCCCUUUUGGUGGUACCGUAUUGUGCCCCGCCCCCGGCCAUGGGGUGUCCCCUUCGUGGUCCUCCGAGCCGCCAGGGGUCGCUGCGGCGGAGUCUCAGCGCCUGCCCCGCCCACUCCUGCGAGGAGGAGCGCAGCGAUUGGCUGGCUGCGCAGUGACCCCGGCGCGCGGCAGCAGCGGCCGGUCAGCGGGCGCGCGCCGCACAGUAUGGCGGCUGUGACGGGACUGAGGCCGCUCCUCCUGCGCCGCAGCACCUGGCGGGGCUUCUCCUCGCAGACGGACGGGGAGGCCCGAGUGGCCCGGGUGCUGCGGGAGAAGUUCCCCCGGGCGUCCGCCAUCAAAGUCGUGGAUAUCUCAGGAGGAUGCGGCGCCAUGUACGAAAUUCACAUCGAGUCGGAGGAAUUCCGGGAGAAGCGGACGGUGCAGCAGCACCAGAUGGUGAAUCAGGCACUCAGUGAGGAGAUCAAGACCAUGCAUGGGCUGCGCAUCUUCACCUCCACCCCCAAACCCUGAUGCUUUCACUCCUGCCUAGUUGAAUAAAGUUUAUUUGUAGGUGC